UGAGAUUCCAGCAACCACAACGACCAAGAUGACAAGCAGCAGCCUGCUCCUGUGCAUCACGACAGCGACCAAGGACGGGUCGACGACCAAGUUUUCUGUUUCCAACGCCGGCGACGUCACGCUGACGACGCCCGACCGCCGCGUCUCGGGCUCCAUCGAUAUCGCGCGCUUCCUCGCAGCCUAUGCGUCGCUGCUCGAGGUCAUCGGGACCACGUCGCCAAGCCACAUCCGCGUCAAGGGCACGAGCAGCCACGAGUGCCACCACGUGCAGAUCAAGCUACGCCACGUCACGCGCCGCCUCUGCGUGUACGGCCAGCCGACCACCGACGUCGGCAAGUACACGGACCGCAACGACCGUGAGCCACGCCACGUGCCCCAGCAUGAGAUCGCAGCUCUCUUUGGCGCCUGCCGCGAGAACGGCUGGACCUACUGAGUGCCCUUUGCCCUUGUAUUUAUGACGCCCUUAUAUAUUAACUCGAAUGAAUGACUUCAUCUUGCUCCA